CAUAGGAGCAUCGGGGUUACUAGUACUUGACAGAAGCGCCACCUAGCAAGAUGUUGCAGAAGUGCAGGCUACAGCAACCAUGACGAAGCCCGCCCGAAAUAGCAAAAGGUUGCAUCACAACCACGCAAAACAUAACGCUUAUAAUAAGCUUGAAUUCCCGCUGUUGCGGUGAGAUAGGCGACACAAUAGGUCACGAAGAUGAGCCAGGCAAGAGGGAGAGGCGGAGGGAAAGGAUCGGACCGAGGAGCUGGCCAUAAUGUCAAGCUGUCCAAAUCACUGUCCUACCUGUUGAGACAUGGAGCUGCCAAGAUGGGCUUCGAGCUAGACCCAGGUGGCUUCCUGUAUGUAGAUGAGAUUUUGAGACACCCGCAGUUCAAGCGUUACACCGUGGACGACGUGCAUCAGGUGGUCAAGGACAACGACAAGAAACGGUUUGCUCUGCAGGAGGAGGAGGAGACGGGGAGGCUGCAGAUAAGAGCCAAUCAGGGACACACACUGGAGGUAGAGGAGCUGGAACUAACCCCCAUUACUGACCCUGCCAAGGCCCCGACAGUGGUACAUGGAACCUACCUUAACUGCUGGGACAAGAUCAGAAUUCAGGGUCUGUCCAGGAUGAAGAGGAACCACAUCCACUUUGCACCUGGGGAACCAGGGGAGGAUGGGGUCAUCAGUGGAAUGAGAAGAACAUGUCAAAUUCUGGUCUUCAUUGAUAUUGAUGCAGCCAUGAGAGAUGGGCUGCAGUUUUUCCGUUCUGCCAACAACGUGAUCCUGAGUCCAGGUGAUGAGAGAGGGUUCAUCUCACCAAAAUACUUCCAGCAGGUGGUACAGUCUCGCCCAAGGAGAGUCCUUCCACUGGACGUUCCAUCAUCAUGACAGGGUAGAUCAGCAACAAUGUCCAAAGAAGAGCUUCUGCAUUGCUGAGUUAAAAUGUAGUUUAAUCAAGUUUAAAUGCUCUCAACACGAGAAGAUGUAUUGGGCAGCACCUUCUCCAUUUUAUAGCCCUUAGGGCCACACAG